AUGGCUAAUAACGUUCACAUGAGUGGGCUGCUGAGCCGCCACGAUGACGAAGCCACCAGGACCUCCACCUCAGAGGGCCUGGAGGAGGGUGAGGUGGAAGGAGAGACCCUCCUGAUAGUCGAGUCUGAGGACCAGGCUUCGGUGGAUUUAUCGCACGACCAGAGCGGGGACUCUCUGAACAGCGACGAGGGUGACGCGUCCUGGAUGGAGGAGAUGUCCUACUACUGCGAGAAGUGCCAGAAAUGGAUUCCAGCAAGUCAACUUAGAGAACAGCUCAGCUACCUCAAAGGAGAUAACUUUUUCAGAUUUACUUGCUCCGAUUGCUCAGAAGAUGGGAAGGAGCAAUUUGAACGGCUGAGAUUAACAUGGCAACAAGUUGUCAUGCUGGCAAUGUACAAUUUGUCUCUGGAAGGAACGGGCCGUCAGGGGUACUUCAGAUGGAAAGAAGAUAUUUGUGCUUUUAUUGAGAAACACUGGACUUUCUUAUUAGGGAACAGGAAAAAGACCUCAACAUGGUGGAGCACAGUCGCUGGCUGUCUCUCUGUGGGGAGCCCCUUGUUUUUCCGCUCAGGGGCACAGGAAUUUGGUGAACCGGGAUGGUGGAAACUGGUUCAUAAUAAACCCCCAACAAUGAAACCUGAAGGAGAGAAGCUGUCUGCGUCUGCACUAAAGGCAAAAGCAGCUUCAAAGCCACCUCUGGAUCCCAUUAUUACCGUGGAAGGACUCAGGAAGCGUGUAAGCCGCAAUCCAGUUGAAUCAGCUAUGGAGCUGAAGGAGAAGAGGUCUCGUACUCAGGAAGCCAAGGAUAUUCGGAGAGCCCAGAAGGAGGCAGCUGGCUUCCUGGACCGGAGUACUUCCUCCACUCCCGUUAAAUUCACCAGUCGAGGCCGUCGUCCCGAUAUCGUCCUUGAGAAAGGAGAGGUGAUUGACUUCUCCUCCUUGAGCUCUUCAGAUCGCACUCCUCUGACAAGCCCUUCUCCUUCCCCAUCUCUGGACUUCUCUGCUCCUGGCACCCCAGCCUCGCAUUCAGCUACUCCCAGCCUUCUCUCAGAAGCAGAUCUCAUCCCAGAUGUCAUGCCACCACAGGCUCUGUUUCAUGAUGAUGAGGAGAUGGAAGGAGAUGGAGUCAUAGACCCAGGAAUAGAGUACGUGCCCCCUCCCAGUGGGACAGCUGGUGCUGGCGCUGUGAUAGCCAGUAGAAAAAAAGUGAAGACAGCUGAGCAGAUCAAGCAAGAGGUGGAGAGUGAAGAAGAAAAAACAGAAAGGAUGGAAGGUGACAGUGGUGAAGAUCCUGAAGAGUCAAAUGCGUUGCUGCAGGUGAGGGGGCGAGACAAGAGGAAGCCACAGCUGGAGAAGGAUGCUAAACCCAGAGCUCCCAAGCAUACCUCUGUUAGCAUCUAUGAGGAAAAGCUGCUGCUGAAGAGACUGGAAGCCUGUCCCAAUGCCAUGAGCAUGACCCCAGAGGCCCGGAGACUGAGACGCAAGCUGAUAGUCAGGCAGGCCAAGAGUGAAAGAGGACUUCCACUCUUUGACUUGGACCAGGUUGUGAAUGCUGCACUGCUCUUGGUUGAUGGGAUUUAUGGAGCCAAAGAAGGAGGUGUUUCCAGAUCCCCAGUAGGGCAAGCAACGUACAGAACUACUAGCCAGGACUUCAGGAUCUUGGACAGAUACCAGACAAUGCUGCCUGCCAUGAAGGGAUAUCGACAGCAGACCACAAAGUUUCUGUAUCGACUGGUAGGCUCAGAAGACCUGCUGACAGACCACAGUAUUGUCAGUCCUUACACAUCCCGUGUCCUGAAACCUUACAUCAGGCGUGAUUAUGAGACAAAGCCCCCAAAACUCAGGCUGCUAGCAGAAAUCCGGGCGUAUCCACACAGGAAUGAUCUCAAGUGGAAGGCUGAGCCAGAAGCACCCAUUGAUUACUGCUAUGUUCGCCCUAAUCACAUCCCCACUAUAAACUCCAUGUGCCAUGAAUUCUUCUGGCCUGGAAUUGAUUUGUCAGAAUGCCUGCAGUAUCCAGACUUCAGCGUUGUCGUCCUCUACAAGAAAGUUAUUAUUGCCUUUGGCUUUAUGGUGCCAGAUGUGAAAUACAAUGAAGCUUACAUCUCUUUUCUGUUAGUUCACCCUGAGUGGAGGAGAGCUGGGAUUGCAACCUUCAUGAUUUACCAUCUUAUCCAGACCUGCAUGGGCAAAGAUGUAACCCUUCACGUCUCUGCAAGCAACCCUGCUAUGCUGCUCUACCAAAAAUUUGGAUUCAAGACUGAAGAAUACAUUUUGGAUUUUUACGACAAAUACUAUCCCUUGGACAGCAAGGAGUGCAAGCAUGCGUUCUUUCUCAGGCUGCGGCGCUGAUCCAUUGGAGCUGUCUGAGGGUCUCUGAAAAGCCCAGUCUGUCAAGCAAGGAGCUACCGCUGCUUUCAGUGGAGGACAUUGGCUGCCACAUGAGAGCUAGAAUGCACCAAUGCCUUUAUCCUUGGGACUCUGAAUGUCAACAGUGCUAUGUUGUGUGCUGAAACUGCAAUCCAAGAGGAUUGAUUCCUACGCUGUAAGGGGAGAGGGCUGGAAAUGCCAACUGGGACAUGCUGAAACCACUGGAAGACUGAAAUUCUUUAUGGGGAGUUUUCCUGCCACUGUUACUUUGGAGAGCCUCAUUGAUGCACAAACAAACAAACAAAAAAACCCAAACAAAAUAAUACUUCACUGCAGAGGGGCCCCAGGGAUUUCAAAUUUUGAAACCUGUCCAAAAAAUGUCACAGUUUUUUUGUUUAUGGGAAAUGAACAUCUAAACUUAAAUCA